GCAAAUAAUAUCUCUCUCGAUUUUUUUUGGACCUUGAAACCGGCCUGGGAAAUUAGAGCAAUGCCUUGCUGAUUUCUGAAGAUAUCGUCUGGAUCAAUAAUUGUUUUGACAGUUACAGUUAUUGAAGGAAAGUAUUUUUCACCUAGACCUUGGCAUUCUUUACGGCAACCCCAAAUAGAACUUUAGCUAGUAUAAAGUUAUACCCGGCGCUGCAACUCUCGUUUGUGCAUUUUGUUUCUCUCAAACCCCAUUCCCAGCAUCUGGUUGGCGCACUGAAUCUGAAGCGCCCUCGGACAUCAGAAACAUGGUUCUUUUUACCUUCCCUCAGUGAAUCUUCUAUCAUUUCGAUACUUGUCGUCAACUUCCUCGGGUCGUCCGAGCCACUUUUUUCUGGAAAGAGUAAGCUCUCAGUAAUCAGAUGCAAUGUUGGAGGAUGAUAAUAGGCAAUUUUGAAGCACUGCAUCUGUACAGUUUGUACACAGGUCUCUAAACUCUUGUUGUGAUCUUAGUUCCAUUUUGCAGGCAAUCUUCUCUUAAAGCAUCUCGGGGAUGAUUUGGAGAUUCAUUUUUCAGUACCAAUGUUUUGUCAUUCAGCAUCUUUAUCAUGUCUGAAGUGAAUCCCAGGAAAUUUUCAUGAUCUAGCCUGUUGCUGAGAUAGCUAAAUGCUAGAGGUCUCACUACAUUGCAUCUGAAACAAAUUAAUUUCAUUUAUUUUCCAAGAAAUGACAGAAAUCUUCAGUUACACAGCUUACAGACAGUUAUCUCAGAUGUCCCUUGCAGUACUCUGCUUUCACAGUUCUGAAUACAUUUUAGCAGUUGCCAUGCAUGGGGUAUCAAACAUCACCCUUAAGUCUCUUCUGAUCAGCAAAGCCUACCUUUUCGCAAUGUUAUUUUCAUUGCUGGAGUACUUAAUUGAAAUUGUUUUAUUUCCUGGGUUGAAAGAACACUGGUGGCUAAGCAACUUGGGCCUGGCAAUAGUUAUAAUUGGCGAAGUCAUACGGAAAGCAGCGAUCAUUACAGCUGGUCAGGCAUUCACACAUCAUAUCAAGGUUCAUCAUGAGGAGCAUCACAAACUGAUUACUCAUGGAAUCUAUAGGUAUAUCCGACAUCCUGGAUAUUGUGGAUUCUUCAUCUGGUCUGUUGGUACUCAGAUAAUGCUUUGUAAUCCCAUAUCAACAAUUGCAUUUGCAAUUGUUGUUUGGCGCUUCUUUGCACUAAGAAUUCCAUAUGAAGAGCAUUACUUGAGGCAAUUCUUUGGGUCCCAGUAUGUGGAAUAUGCCCAAGGAGUUCCUUCUGGGGUGCCUUUUGUGAACUGAAGAUCUAUUGACUACGUACACAGGAAUGCGUUGAGCUUGCUGCCGCAUUGCUGGUAUUUCUCAAUCUGGGUUCUUGUUAUGUUCACUUCUGAUAAGAAAUCACGCAACUUCUGUUGAUUUUGUGUUGGCAGAAACUCAAAUUAAUCCAGAGUUAUUGUAUCAUAUGGGAAAAAAGGUUUAUUAUCUUUUCAACUCAUAACUAUUAAUUUGUAUCCUUUUUGGCAAUUAUUUUAAUUCACCCCCAUUCUUAUCGCA